AUGUCGCACCCCAAUGAGAGUCCGAAUGGUGUUCAAGACAGAAGAUCGCUUUUCUCCGGACUCCCAUUUCCAUCAGAGUUGCGUUCCCAAAUAUAUGAGAAUAUCUUUCAUUCCCGUCCAUCGACAUGCCCAACAGCUAUAGCAGAUGCCACUAGAGGAUGUCGUUGCGGAGAAGGGCUGUCUCGAACCAGCAAACAAUUCUACCUCGAAUGCCGUCACCUGCAUUUCCGUAGGGCUACGUUUAACUUUCGAAGUGCCAACGCCUGUGAGAAGUUUCUAAAAGCAAUCGGAGCCAACAUCGGACAUCUAGGAGCCGUGGCCAUCGGAUUUGAUACGCACUCUCAUAGAGCUUGUGUCGAUAUGGACUCGGUAUUGGGGCUUCUCAGAAACGCACCGAAUUUAUCCAGCUUACAUCUUGACAUAAAAACACCAACCCAGCCUGGCCACUUCUCCAGAUCGCCUCUUUACUGGACUGAUGUGAUGUUGCCAGCAGAAGCUUACGAUAUUCAAUUUCGAGCGCUGCGACACCCACUAGCUGAAUUGAAGACGCUUCGAACUCUAACGGUCGCUGGUCACCCAAAAAAUGAUGAAUGGGAAGAAGCCGUGUGCCAAUUUGUUGUAACCAUCAACCAAAAGGCUCGGGAAGAAGGCAGAUUCCCUUGCAUUUUUGAGAAGGAGCACCGCCUGGUUCACCAGUGGCUGUAUUGCAUUACCCUCGAUCACGACAUGUCACGAAUGAGUUAUGCACCUCCAGGAACUCUUGUGUCUGAUACUUCGUGGAUUGUUCAAGAUUCAAGUGGUUAUCAAUUCAUGACUCAGUCAGCUGGAAUCGACAGUUUGAUUGGGAACUUUACGGAAGUCCGUUCGGCAGCAGAUAAUGCUUCUUGA